AUGUCUGACACAGAAGCAACUAAACAAGAGGUGACUCUGGUGUUCAACCGGUUGAAACAAGAUUCUGAAAACCAAACAUGUUUUGAUUGUCCCAAUAAAAACCCUACCUGGUCAUCUGUGCCCUUUGGGAUAUUGUUGUGUUUGGAAUGUUCAGCAGUGCACAGAAACAUGGGUGUUCACGUGUCAUUUGUUAAGUCCACCAAUUUAGAUCAUUGGCAAAGAAUCCAGUUGAGGCAGUUCAAAUUUGGUGGGAAUAAGGUAGCUAAAGAGUUCUUUCAAAAGAAUGGUGGAUCCCAAUACUUGCGUAAUGAUGGUGUUGAUCCAAAGGUUAAAUAUACUUCACCCUGUGCAUUGAAAUAUAAGGAUAAAUUGAAGAAAAAAUCACAGCAAGAUGCUUUGAAUCAUCCUGAUAUAGUCACAUUGGAAGAUAUGAAUGGGUCUUCGGCUGAAUUGAGUGACUCUAAUGGCUCAUCAAGUACAGAUGAUUUUUUCUCCAAUUGGACUAAACCUAUUAAUGCUACCCCAUCUCCAUUAUCUUCUAGAGGAGCCACUCCCAAUGCUUCUACUGAAGAUUUAGGAGCAGAAACCACCACCAACGCCACCAAUACCACUCCAUCAUCGAAUACAAUUAAAAGAGCCCCCUUGAGAACAUCUGUUGCUGCUUCAAGAUUGAAGAAUAGCUCUGCUACACCUGCCAGAAAAUCCGUUUUAUCUAAUGCAAAGGGAAACGGGCCUCGUAGCACAAGAUUGGCCAAAAAUAGAAUAAAUAAGGAACCAAGUGAAGAAAUUGAUUUUGAAGAAAUUGAAAGAAAGGCAAAGGAAGAAGCUGAACAAACCAAAAGAUUAGGUUAUAAUCCUAAUGAUGAAAGUUUUGCUCCAUCUUCUACAGCAACAACAACUUUAUCCUCUAACACAGUAUCUUCUCCGUUAACUGCUUCUAGUGAGUCUAAAAAGAGUGCCAAUGGUGGUAUUUCUUUGUCAUCAUCAACUAAUGAUGAGCCAAUUAAAGAAACUGCACAACAAUUUCAAAAAUUAGGGUUUGGUAUGACGAUGGGUUCGAAUACUGUUCCCAGUGCUCAAGCUAGUAAAAAGAAGUCUGAAGUUAAAUACACUGGGGAAGUUGAAAAGAAGUUUGGAAUUCAAAAGGGUAUCUCAUCAGAUGAAUAUUUUGGUAGAGGACCUCAAUUUGAUGAAACAGCUAAAUCUGAAGCCAAUGCAAAACUUCAAUCAUUUAGUGGUGCCCAAUCUAUUUCGUCCUCUGCUUAUUUUGGAGAAGAUGAAGAAGCCAAUGGUAAUGGAGCUGGUGGUUCAGAUCCAAUGGGUCGUGGCCGUUCUGUUAGUGGAGGUAUAAAUUUAUCCGAUUUGGAAUCAAGUGCCAGAGAAUUUGCCUCAAGAUUUUCCGGUAAUGCUAAUCAAGAUUUAGAUGUUUUGAAAGACGCUUUGGAAGAUGGUGCCAAUAAAUUGGGUUCAUAUUUGAGAGACUUCUUACGAUGA